GGAUGCAGUCACUGGUUUCGGGCUGUAGCUCUGCACUGAGGGAGGGUGCGGAGCAGCCGCCGCCGAGAGACUGAGGAGCAAGCCGUGCGUUACUACCGGGAGCAAGGGGUUAAAUGGACCUUCACUUCCCGGGACAGGGCUCAGUGAUAUCCUCCCUCUGCUAGCAGCUCUGCUAUGGGGAACACGGCGCACAAAACCUUGCCAGAUACAAGCCAUCACAACCGUCAAGUGGCGAACAGACCCUGUUACACCUUACUCCACUGCGGUCAAGAGAGGAGACUCGUUCUGUCCCGUACAGAGUCUCCACGCUUUCACUGCCAAACAAAAGGCAAAAAUAUCAGACUGGACACUAAUGGAAGAAAAGCCAUCCGGCGCAAUAGCUUUUGUAAUGGGAUCACUUUUACGAGUCGACCUAAUCUGUAUGAGAAGGUCCGCUUGAAGCUGGUGUCUGUGCACCACGGGUGGAGCGGGGCUCUGCGCUUUGGAUUCACAAUUCAUGACCCGGCCGCAAUGAAACCCGAAGACAUACCCAAAUAUGCAUGCCCUGAUCUUGUUACCCGGCCUGGGUAUUGGGCGAAGGCUUUACCGGAGAGGUUUGCUCAAAGGGACAAUAUUUUGGCAUUUUGGGUUGACCGCCAAGGGAGAGUAUUCUACAGUGUCAAUGACGAGGCUAUUCUAUUUCAUUGUGGAGUUAAAGUAUCCAGUCCUCUAUGGGCUUUGAUUGAUGUCUAUGGAAUCACCCAAGAAGUACAAAUACUAGAUAGUAUGUUUGCUGACACAAUGCCACCGGGACGACUGAGCAGUCCUCGACUGAGCACAUGCUUGCCUCAAAGUAGCCAUGAUUCUGCAAACUUCAACAAUAAUGAACUUGAGAACAAUCAGGUGGUAGCAAAAAUUGCUAACUUGAACUUAAGCCGAGUGCCACCACCAACAGAUAAUCAUGCCAUACCUUGCUGCCCAAAUAGGAGGCAGCGUAUCCAAGGGAUGCCGACGCUAUACAUGGAGCUUCAUUUUCACCCCACCCGUGGCGCUGACAUCACCCUGUCACCAGACCGGUCAGUGGCGAACACUAACUGGCAGGAGAGCAACAGGACGAUGGUGUUUACAGAGAGGCCAGUGCACAUCAGUGAGACCCUCUUUAUAGAGACAGGUCAAUUGCCACUGCCUUACUAUGGGUCUUUGUCAUUUGGCAUCACCUCCUGCGAUCCAAGCACAUUACGAACCUAUGAUCUGCCAUCAAAUCCAGACUACUUAUUGGACAAGAAGGAAUAUUGGGUUGUUCAUCAGGUUUAUUCACAGUGAGCAACGGGGAAUCCAUAGUUUUUCAUUUAUGCCCCAAUGGAGGAGAUUCAUCAUGGUGUUAAUGGAAACAGUCGGGGCUUGUUGAUGUGUGUGGACUCCUCACAGCCUCUCUGGAUGUUUUUUUCAAUUUCAUGGAUUGUGAAUCAAUUGAGAAUAAUGGGAACUGUACAGUCCAAUGUGCUCUCUCCAUCUGGCUCUCCAAGUGGCUCGCAGUAUGACAGCGAUUUAGAUAUGGCCUUUAGUGUGAACCGUUCUUCUUCAGCUUCUGAGUCGUCCCUAGUGACCUGCACCUAGGCUCUCCCUCUGAGUCCACCUGUAUCUCCAGUGUUUGUGCGACCCCAAGGAAGCAAAGAUGGAGAGUGCGCAGUGUGCUUUGAUAAUGAAGUUGAAACCGUCAUCUAUACUUGUGGCCACAUGUGUCUGUGCAGCAGUUGUGGGCUGAAGUUGAAGAGGCAAGUGAACGCAUGUUGCCCCCUCUGCCGGAGGGUGAUAAAAGACGUCAUCAAAACAUACCGUCCUUAAAAAUGGAGUGUCUGAAGUUUCACAGGGAUGUAAUGUGUGCUGACUUUUCUGAAAAUAAGCAUAUGUCCUGUAUGGAAACAAUGCUUUAUAUAUAGGCUCUGGGAUUCAAAAAGGAGUGUUGUGGCACAAUACUAGCUUGCCAGUGUCCAAACUCAGCCCAGUGAUAAAGGGAAAUCUGUAGUAAGGGUCAUAAAGUAAUUGUUCAGGGUGUCCUUAAUAAACCUUCGAGCUCACAAUCAUUACACUUGUGGAGGGGUGCCUUUACUCAGGGGUACAAUUAGACCAAAUAUUAUUACUCAAGGCCCCUUUAAGCAAAUCAUAUUUUAUCUGUAUUUAAAGUAGUGCCUUCCAGUGACAAACCAGACGCAGGGAAUCUGGCAGAUAUGUGACUUCAGAUUCUCACUUCCAUCCACUAUCUCUGCCAGUACCAGAUUGGGAUUAAAACCUUCACCAUUACUUUACAGAGCUUGGCUCAUGGCAUUUGUAUUACCAAAACAGCUACACUAUACCAUGUUUGUAAGGCCAUGUACAAAAUCUCGGGGUGGUGGUGGACCACAAGCUCCAGCACUCUGGUUUUGUGAUUAAUAGGAAAUGAUGCUCUUUUAUCUUCAUCAUUCAUUGUGUUCAGUGUAACUUCUGGAGGCUGUUGUUCCUGUCACAUUGAUUGACGUCACCUAAAGUCAUGGGUUAUAGCUCAUGUGACGCGCCCUUGGGCACAAACCACAGAUCAAUGGCCAGUGUUCACCAGAUGCUUACAACUGAAUAGCAUGAACAGAAAGUAGGUAUUAAAUAUGAUGCCUCCAUACAUCUCAGCAUUUGACAGAAACUAUAGCUAACACCUCGUGUAAAGGUUAUCCCGGAGUGCAGCACAUAGUCUGGUGCCUUACUGACAUAGUCAACUGGAAUUGAGGACACACAGUUCGAAGACUCUGGAACUGGUUUCCGUGGGUUGCCUCUGUCUUGGAUUUGCUGCUCAUCACACUUUGUAUAAGGGGAUAGUUUGCUGGCGAGCAGGUUACCAUUGCUCUCCAUUCUUUGUAAAAAAAUAAAUAAAAAACUGUCACAAUGUUCAGGUCUUGUUGUAGAUACUUAUCCUCUUGCAUCCUCCUAGUGCUGCGUUUUUGGUGCAAUAGUUUUACUCCACCGCUUCCCUAUUCUAUUAAAGCAGAUAUUUGUGAUAAUUUAUUUGGAUACAACUUUUUGUAGAAUUUGUUGGAUAUAAGUCACUAGUUCUAUAGACAGCGUAUUGUAUGUAGACAUUAAUGAGAAAGUGGUGUUUUAGCCGCACUCCUUAUCCGUUUACAAGAAAAUCCCAGUGCUUUAAAGUGCACCUCUUGCCUACACAUGGUGGAAGUAGCCAUUUCCUGUUGACUAAGAACCAGUGGCUCGGGUCUACAUUGUGCCUAAGUGGUGUUACAGGUUUUUAUUGAAUGGAUUGGCUGCAUACUCAUGAUUAUCAAACCAUUUAACAGACUGGCAGCCCAUGUUACGUACACUGUAAUGUGUUUAGUGUAACUGACCUCUAGCCAUCCUCACCUCACUAUAUCCAGAAUGGUGGUAGUGAAUUUCACAUACACCUCGUAAUGUCCUUCACAUAACAUAAAUUAAAACAAGGGAUUCACUCAGCAGCUCCAUAGAUGACGUGAGCGAAACCACCUAGAGAGCACCUAGACAGGAUCAAUUAUCGAAAAUGUCAUUUGAAGACUCCCAGAACCCUUGAGACAUUACAGCAGUGAACAAAGCAUUAAACAUCUUUAUAUAUAUAUAUAUAAUUUUGAGGUAGCACAGCAGGCAAUGUGUUAGAUAGCCGGGUGUUGUGUUUCUUGUGUGUAGCUGACUUUUGUAUUAAGGUUACCUUGGGAAUAGCUCGGAGCGCAUAUUAGCGUUCGAAUGUAAAUUUGAUCACAUUGUAUAGAAAGGAUUGUGGUAUCUAAAGGUAUGGCAUGUGUACAGAAAGGUGUGUUGGCGUUCUAGGCAUGUUAGUUGAGAGAACUAUGUAGAGAUCAUUUUAAUUUGUAGAUGGAUCGGAUAUACAGACUUAGGCCUUAUUCAGGUGCCUGCAACAUGGGCACAUUUAUCAUUUAACUUGUAGCAUCUUGUAUGCCUAAGAUGCACGAGACCUGCAGUCAAGUGGCUAACUGCAGCCUUAAAUAUGUCCAUGUUACAGCCAUCUGAAUGCUAGUUCCAUACAGAUGAAAAUCUAAUCACUAAUGGCUUUCAGGAGUUCUGUCAUCUCUUAUUGUCACAUCCAUCACCGGUUAUAUGUACACAGGCUUCCCAAGCAAAAUACCUUCCUCUGCCGCUGCUCAAGAAACUAGGAUGGUUCCAACCUGACAAUCUUAUAGCUGCUAAUAUUGUGGAGCCCUGUAACUAUAGAAUGCAGUUCUUGCACAUACUUUAAGGGGACGUUCUCAUGGCACCAGAAUUGUGGCGUGGACUCCAUGCCAAAAACUCCUGCAGCAGCUGCCUGGUGUCUGCCUUCCAUUGUUUUUAAUUAGUCAGUGGUUUAAAGCUGUGACCACGGCAAUAAGCGACAUGUCCCUUCUUGGCAUGGUGUGUGGACAGAUGUCACUUGAAGCCACCAUGGGUGUCUGCUCGCGUUUUAGCUCCAAAGUGAAAAAACUUGACCGUUACUGCCACAGUAUAUGCUGUCAAAAACCACCAUGUGUACCUGCCGUACUCUAAGGAAGUAAAUUUGCCUUGGUCGUUGCUCUGCUGUUUUAUUUAGGCGUUGAGAAUAUUUGAAUUCAAAGCAAAUGUAGUACAGUUUUGCUAAAAUCUUAUAAUGAAAUAUCCUCCAAGCUGAACUAACCAUGCCCAUACACCGCAAAUAGAUAUGUAACCUAUUCCCUAUGUGUUGGUGGCUUGUGAUGGUUUAUUCAGGCUUGAGCUCAGGAUUCUAUUUAAUAUGAAUGAAUUAAGGACAUUUUGAUCAUAAUCCUGUAAAAUCCAGGAUUAUAAAAUCAUUGGUUUCUUAUGGGAACUCUUCCCCAUGUUGUGCCUCCACUUUUCAAUAAACAUGCCAAAAUAAUCUGCGCCGUUCCCUCCCCAGUAAUUGGUUUUCGUUUCCGUUGUCCUCUCCCUUUUGCUCCACUCUCCAGGAAGACAAUCGUCGUAAAACUGUUAUUGAUUUGUAACUUUAGUAAAUACUUUGUCUGUGCCUUAUUGAGCUUGUUUGUGCACUUUUUAUAUUCAGACGCCAUGUUAUAUAAAACACUAAAAGAUACGUAACUAAACACACAUUCAUGUUUUAUAAAGUGUCACUGAGGUCCUUUGUUUUGAUAAUUCAGUGAACGUUGUACCCUUCACCUUUACUCCCCAGAUCUUUAGCUGUUUUGUUUUUGGAAAAUAUACAGAUAAUUUCUAGUUAUUUACUGUGAUGCCUGUACCGCAUUGUAUGCUUAUAUAUAGUCUGUACACAAGGCUUAAUAUUGGUUGUCUCUUUUGCACUUUUCAUUUUUGUGUUGUUGUGUUUUUGUUUUGUCAUUGUACAUUUUUUAUCUGUUCCUUUAUGGAUUAUUUCUGUUGAAAAGCAAAUAAAAAUAUGGCUUGUACUUCAGUGUUAAUAUUUUUUUGUGACUUUAUUACAGCUGUGUAGUAUUAUACACCAUUUAUUUCUCUUUCAUACCGAACACUAUACAGCGGGGUUUACACAGGGUGUAUCUGAUGCAUUGGAGUUUUGCGGUUUUAAGCAGCAAAACAACUUUG